UUUGAGGAUUCAGACCGCUUCGAAGAGGAUUCCUUAUGCAGCUGGAGCAGCGAGCCAGAGUCGCUCUGCAACAACUGGCGAGGCUGGCGAAGACCCACCGUUGGAUUUGGAAGUUCCAAAAAAUCUUCAGAUGCAAUGCCCGAGGUUCACGUUGAGAGAUGGACAACGACCCGUGCGAUACGACGAAACGAUGCAUCGUCAGAGGUAGAGGUGAUGGUGGUGGAGGUGGAGGCCGUGGCCGAGGAGAAGUAAAGGAGUAAGGAGGG